AUGGCCAACACCACAACUCAAGAGGUCAUAGAGAACGGGGAGAAAAUAGAUGUGAUGUACAUUACCAUCGAGAGCACGAUCGCACUGGCGUCAGUACUGGGAAAUGUUUUGGUGGUGUUAGUGGUGGCCAAGAACCAGGGUCUGAGAGACCCCACCUUCUGUUUCAUCGUGUCUCUGGCCCUGGCUGACAUCGCCGUCGGUGUUCUCGUCAUUCCUCUGGCCGUGGUGAUCAGUCUGGGUCUCAUGACACCAUUUUACACCUGCCUCUUUAUUUCAUGUCUGUUAGUGAUGAUCACUCAGAGCUCUAUACUGUCGCUGCUGGCCAUCGCCAUCGACAGAUUCUUACGUGUCAAAAUCCCCACCAGAUACAGCACCGUGGUCACACAGCAGCGGGCAUGGGUGGCUGUUGGCAUGUGUUGGAUUCUGUCCUUUCUGACCGGUUUGGUGCCCAUGACCGGCUGGCAUCGCAGCCCCCCUAAAAAUGCCAGCACAGAACUCAUCGAAUGCCAGUUCAUCAACGUCAUAUCCCUGAACUACAUGGUCUACUUUAAUUUCUUCGGCUGGGUGGUGGCACCCUUGACUAUAAUGGCGGGACUUUAUGCCGAGAUCUUUCGUAUAAUCCGACGACAACUCCUCCGUCGAGCUGAAGCCACUUUAGACUCCAGUAAGUACUAUCGCAAAGAGCUGAAUUUAGCCAAGUCCUUGGCACUCGUUCUCUUUCUGUUCGCUCUCUGCUGGCUGCCUCUUCACAUCAUGAACUGCAUCGUGUUUUUCUGCCCUAAGUGCAGCGUGCCAAGGAGCGUUUUUUCUGUCGGCAUCUUUAUGUCCCACGGCAACUCCGCCCUGAACCCGCUGGUCUAUGCGUUCCGCAUCCAGCGCUUUCGAGACACACUGUGUCAGAUCAUCCAGCGAUUCAUACUGUGUAGAACCUCGACCAGCCCGAUCCAGCACGAUGCCGGACCGAUCACUGAAAAAACGCAAGCUACCACUGAAAGACAAUAAAAACUUGAUGGCACCUGUAGACUGUAGAUCAACACUGUGCAGCUUCGAACUUCUCUUCCUUGAAUGUAAUAAAAUAGUUUGUGGUCCUACAUGGCAAAAUAAUGCGCAUUGGGUGAUUUAUUAGUUUUAAAGC